ACUACAAUGAAAGGUUAUGGUGGUAACAUUGAACUCUUUUUGUUUUGAUUAGUAUGAUCGUUUCGUGGAUUUGUUUAUAUUUAUGUUUAAUUAACCCAUAAAAAUAAGAGAAUAAGUCAGAUAACACGUCAUGGAAGCUCAAGGCCAGACUGAGGAUACGCCAAGUACGGAUAAUGCUCCCGCGUCAGAUCCAUUGACCGCCGGGAAGGCGCCGGCCAGGAGGGGCUCGCGGGAGGAGAAGGGCCGCAAGAAGGACGACAAGGGCGUGGAGUACGUCCUGCGAGCGCUCAGCACGCUCGGCUCGCCCGAGGAGAAGCUGGCGGCCAUGUGCAAGAAGUAUGCCGAGGCCGUGGACGACAACCGCAAGUUGCAGCUGACAGCGAAGCAGGCGGAGAAGCGCAUGGGCGUGCUGCAGCGCGAGAAGGAGCAGCUGCAGACGGAGCACAGCAAGGCCGUGCUGACGCGCAGCCGCCUGGAGAGUCUGUGUCGCGAGCUGCAGCGCCAGAACAAGGCCGUGAAGGACGAGAGCCUGCUGAAGAUCCGCGAGGAGGAGGAGAAGCGCAAGGAGGUGUCCGGCAAGUUCCAGAGCACGCUCGCCGAGAUCACCGCGCUCAUGCAGCAGAACAACGAGAAGAACUCCAAGCUGCGCGAGGACAACCUGGAGAUGACCAAGAAGUUCAAGAGCCUGUACGAGCAGUACGAGAUGAGGGAGCAGCAAGUGGAGAAGAUGUCGAGGCAGAUGCAGCUGGAGUCCCAGCUGGCAGAUGCGAAGCUGGCCAAGGCACAGCUGGAGAUAGCUGCGGAGAAGGAGACCUUGCUACGGGAGAAGCAGCAACUCAUGAUGGAGCUGCAGAAGUACCAGGCGGAGUGCCAGGAGCUCCGGGCCACGGAGGCCAGUCUCCGCUCGCAGGUCGGCCUCUACACCGGCAAGUUCGACGAGUUCCAGGACGCCCUCACGCGCAGCAGCGAGGUGUUCGGGGGCUUCAAGGACGAGAUGGACAAGAUGUCGCGGAAGGUGGACAAGAUGCAGAAGGAGGCGCUGAUGUGGAAGGGCCGCUGCGAGAAGAGUCAGCUGGCGCUGCUGGAGAUGGCCGCGGACAAGCAGCGGCAGGACGCGGAGCUGGCGCAGACGGCGCGCAAGCUGCUGCAGCUGCAGAAGCUGUGUCGCACGCUGCAGGCGGAGCGCACGGCGCUGCACUCCCAGCUCAGGGCCUUCGAGCUGAAGGGGCAGCCAGCGGGCGAAGCCGGGAGCCUCACGUCGGAGCUGCAGAGUGUGUGCGACCGGCUGACGGAGUCCUUGGGCGGCCUGCAGCUGGCGCCGGGGAGCACCUUGGACCAGGCGGAGUGCCCGUCCAAGGCCCGGGCGAAGGCUCGCCAGGCGGCGGGGGAGGCCGACCCAGCGCCGCCGAGGGCCGGCUCUUGCGGCUGUGCGGCCGACAAGUCCAAGUCCUCCAGCAAGAGGGCGGCGCAAGAGAGGGUGGACUGCGUCGGCAACCCGACGGUGGGAGCGUCGGGCAAGGAAACGCACGACGAAACUGCAGAACCGGAAGUUCAUACAGAUGUACCCGAAACGACGGGAAGCGCGUCGGCGCCGUCGUUUGGGGUCCGUGGCACGGCUGCUUCGCCGGACGAGAAUAUCGUCGCGAGUUCUCCGACGGUGCCCCGCCUGGAUCGUUCGUCGUCCGCGCUCGCCCCGGGGGAAGGAGAGGAACUGGCCGAGGGGGCUCUCCCAGCUGUCGGCCUGCAGCCCCUGCCUUGCGGACAAGAGACCGGCGGCCCGCCUGACUCGGCUGCGCUGAAUCUGCCCCGGCUGCCCGUCGCGCCGGACGUGAGCUGCCGGGCCGCCGACGUCUCGGACGAGAUCUUGUUCAAGCCCAUAGCCAACGGCCACGCCAUUCUCUUGCCCGAAGAGAACCUGCCGCUCGAGGUCAGCCCAGAAAAUGAGGUCAAGAAAAAAAAGGAUGCUGGUAAGAAAGGUAAAAAGUAAAUGCCCACCAUAGUUUGAGCUCUCGGCGCAUGGAUGUAUAGUGUCGCUAAGCAGUGGACACAUCUAGCAGUGAUCUGAUGAACAAGUGCAGUGUUUAUCUAGAUAGUUUUUAACUGGUGUUGCAACUGUUUUUGCUGCAUUGCCUAUGAUAACUAUAUUUCCAAAAAAAAAAAUCCAUUGAAGUUUAACUUGGUUUUAGGGCCGUGCUUCAAAGAAGUUUAUUUUGUGUUAAAUUUAAAAGUGAAUCUGAUUAUAUGUUUAGUUUUCUUGUAAUAUUUUAAAAAUUUUAAUUUUAUUACUAAGUAAUUGUGUUACAUUAUAAUAAGACUUACAGGGCUUUAUUGUUUUAUCAAAUCCUUACUGAGAUUAGAAUUAAGAAAUUCUGUUUUUGUUUUAGUAUAGUAAAAGAAACUCAUCAACGAAAUGUUUAUUUUAAAAGAUUUACUAGUGAAAUCUGUAGCCAUGUUUUAGUAAUAUUUACUGGGGCAAAAUAAAUUGUAAAGCACCUCCUUAAGGCUUAAAAUUGUGUGAAGGAGGAAAUUUCUUCAAUUUGCAUGUUGAUUAAUUUUUUUUUGCAUACAACAUGCCUAUGUAGAUCUAUAGUUGGUAUGAAUUAGAGAAAAAUUUCGCCAAUGUCUCCAUGUAAACUGGUUUAACCAGCAAUUUUUUUUCUUUUGGUGUAGGUUCAUCACGAGUACCACUUUUCGAGUACUCUUGUUCUUGUCCAUUUUUUAAUGCAACAAAAAAUCAAUUUUUUUUCCUAACUAAAAUUUUUUUUGCAUAUAUUUAUAGUCUUUGAAUUUUAAAUUUUGUCACUUCCAAUCUUUUUCUAAUUUUCGAACUCAAUUUUUUUAAACUUUUUUUGGCAUGGGAUUCAAUGGUCCUUAAAAACAUUUGAUGUUAACACCUGGCAAAAAUAUUGAGUUCUUCAGAUUGAAUAACAUAUAUUCCAAAGCAGCAUGGAAUUACGGAAGCUAAUUCAAAAAAGGUGAGUCCAGUGACACCCAGUACACAUUAUUUAUUAGGUAAGACUUUUUUUCUGCCAACAACAAAGCUCUGUGAAGAAAUUUUCUGCUGUUAUUGGUGUCUUUCGCUGACAGCUCACAAAUGUACCAAAAUAUGUCAAAUGUGGACAUGUUCGGUGUCUGUAAAAUCUACCGUCCAACUUUUGACAGUGUUUGGUGUUUGCUAUUGAAAAAUAAACAUUUUGCAACAUUUUA